AUGGCGCCCCAACCCCAAGUCCCGCGAGUCUUCCUCCUCCCCAAGAACGCAACCUCCACGCCCUUCACGAUCGUCACCCUCCCGCACCCACGCACCUCAGUCCCCACCCGCUUCCUCCUGCACGAGUCCACGGGCCUACAUGAGAUCACAAAGAUCGUCCCCGCAGCCUCCGCCCCGCGCUCCUGGCUGCUCGCCCCCACCACCCCCGACUCCCCCGACGACACAACAUGGCUCAACACCGGCCAAACCCUGUCAGACGCAACACUAUACCUCACAACCCCCUACGACCCACUCUUCCUCCUCCUCCCGCACCUCCUCCCACUCACGCCCACGGCCACCAGCGGCCUCUACCAGCCGCUCGAUGACAUUCUCGACGCCCUUGCCGACGCUGAAGAUGAGGGCCGGUAUCAUUGGGCGGCGGUCCUGAGGGUGCCGAGGUGUAGAGAGGUGUUUGAAGCCCGUGUUAGGGCGGUGUGUGAGACGACGGUACCGCCGAGUGGUGCCGAUGGUUCGCGGGGGGUUGCCGCGUAG